AUGCAGUGCGUGGGACUCUUCCUGAUGGUCUUGGUGUCCUGUGUGGCUCUGCGCCCUGCAGAAGCCAUACUGCCCUUUGCUUCCAGCUGUUGCACUAAGGUUUCUCCGCACGUUUCCAGAAGGCUUCUGAGAGCGGCGCAUGCGUGUCACCUGCAGAGAGCCGAUGGAGAUUGCGAUCUGGAUGCCAUCGUCCUGCAUGUCCGGCACAGAAAAUACUGCAUCAGCCCAGAGAAUCCUGCCCUCGGGGAGUGGAUGAAAGAGCAAACAGCCAAGGGAAAUGGUAAACAUAGAAUCUGCCGUAAGAAGAAGCACCCCAAGAAGAACCAUCAAGGGGCGCGGCGCGGGAAGCAUGUGACAGGUGGCCACGAGACGUCUCACAGGACAGCUGAUGCCUAA